AUGCAGAAGGUAUUCCGACGGACGGCGCUAGCAAUCAGACAACAUGAGCGACGAGCCGUAAAACGGAAGGAGAAGAAUCUGCGACAAUGGGCAACCACGCAACGACAGCAAAAUACUGCCUUCGGGCGAGACAGGAGUGCCCGACUGAAGGAAGAGAAACUGAACAGAAGGGAGGAUUAUGAACUCGGGCCCAUAAGACCGAAAAGAGAUGUCGGAGAUCUCAAGAGUAAAUACGGAACAUUGGACAAUCAGGCGCUCCAGGGUCUUCCUCUUCCACAAAAAGAGCUGUUCAAGAGGCUUGAGCCGUUCGGUGGAAAGUAUCUCAACAUAUGGAAGGGAGAUAGAGUGGUCAUUCUGGAGGGUCCUGAUAAGGGAAAGAUCGGAAUCAUCUCUGCUAUAGACGGCAAAAAGGCUAAGGUCACGGUCAAAGAUCUGAAUAGGGUCGACAUUCAAAUACCUCAAGUCUUCGUCGAGAAGGAAAACCCCGAUCAGAGACCUGUCAGCACAAUCGAUGGACCAAUGGACAUCAACUCCGUCCGCGUAGUCGCUACCAUCCCGGGCAAAGAUGGCAACCUGAAAGACGUGAUCGUCAAGCAAUUCGUUAACACAAACUUCCGCAAAACCAGGAGCGGCUACAGCUGGUCUCGUAUGAUCCCCGGACUAGACAUCAUAGUACCAUGGCCCAAACGGGAAAAGCGAGUCGUGAAGCCAAAAGCAGAUACACCAUCCGACACCCUCCGUAUCGACGUAGACGUCCAGUCCUACAUCCCCACCCUCCUCCGUCCUCCAAUGCCACGCAGCGUAAUUGACGAACUACGCAACAAAUUCUCCGUCUUCCGAACCCGCCACGAACCAGAAUAUAUUGCCGCGAAGGAAGCCGAGGAGCAAGCGAAACUCGAUCAGAAGAAAACGAUCAAGGCGAUGCGUACGCCGCUGAUGGAGGCCAAACGCAAGGAGCGGAAGAUGAAGAAGAAGCUGGCGAAGAAACAAAAGCUUACGCCUGACAUGUGGGAGAAGAUAGGAAAGACUAUUGCGGCCAAGAAAGGAUAUGUUGGAAAGGAGGAUUCUGGACCUACGCCUGAGGUUUUGCCUGCGUAG